AUGGCCAGGAGCGGGGUCCAGAGGAUACCCCUGCACAUGGUGGCCGUGGGCACCCUCCCCAGAGACCCGCCACGGGCUCACUGCGACUUUGUCGGACUCCCCGCUGACCGCUGCCCUCUUGCCCUGACCGCAGGACGAGUGCUUGGGGCCUUCCAGUGGACAUCCGUCUCUGCAGCCAAGGCCAGUCUGGGCCUGAGCAGCAGCCUGCCCCUCUGCAGCCAGAAGCUGCCCUGCGAGGCUCUGGAGACGUGGCAGCCCCCACCCAGUGAAGCCAGCCAGGUGGGUGCUGCCGGCCACCGUGUGGGCGCCACGCAAACCCUCGUGGCCCAGGACUCCCCGGUGCCUCGACCCUCGAACUGUUUGGCUCUCCCUUGCGUGGGCGACCGCGAGGGCCCCAGGACCGUGUGCGAGGCGGCCCGGCUGCAGCGGGGUCCGGCCCGGCUGGGCGCGGGCGCAGCCGCCCCCUCCAUGGCGAGCCCCCUCCUCUCCGCAGGCGGCGACCGGGAGGGAGGGCGCCUCUGGGGCCGGCCGCGGAGCGAGGAGCCGCCGGCCAGAGCCCGGGACCGCACUGCGGCGGAUGCAGAGUUCCUGAAGCAGCUGCUGGAGCUCCGGAAAAUCCUCUUUCCCCGACUGGCGACCUCGGAGACGGGCUGGCUGUGCCUGCACUCGCUGGCGCUGGUCUCCCGCACGUUCCUGUCCAUCUACGUGGCGCGCCUGGACGGGAACAUCGUCAAGAGCAUCGUGGAGAAGCAGCCGCGAGCCUUCGUGCUCAAGCUGGUCCAGUGGCUGCUGGUGGCCGUGCCCGCCACCUUCGUCAACAGCGCCAUCCGCUACCUGGAGUGCAAGCUGGCCCUGGCCUUCAGGACCCGCCUGGUGACCCACGCCUACGAGACCUACUUCACCAACCAGACCUACUACAAGGUGGCCACCAUGGACAGCAGGCUGGCCAACCCCGAGCAGUCCCUGACCGAGGACAUCGCCCUGUUCUCCCAGUCCGUGGCCCACCUGUACUCCAACCUCACCAAGCCCAUCCUGGACGUCAUCCUGACCUCAUACACGCUCAUGCAGACGGCCCUGUCCCGGGGGGCCAGCCCGGUGGGCCCCACGCUGCUGGCGGGGCUGGUGGUGUGCAGCACCGCCAAGGUGCUCCGGGGCUGCUCCCCGCGCUUCGGGAAGCUGGUGGCCGAGGAGGCCCAGCGGAAGGGCCACCUGCGACACCUGCACUCCCGAGUCACAGCCCACGCGGAGGAGAUCGCCUUCUACAGAGGACACAAGGUGGGGGCCGGCCGCGAGGGAAGCCCGCGCCGGGUGGGGUGCGCGGGGCGGGUGGGCCGCAGCCGACGCGGCUGCAACGCGGACCGUCCGCUGGCUGCCUGCGGGGCGCCCUCUGUGCCCGGCUCCUCGCUGGGAAAGCCCAGCGCCGGCCUGGGAGCCCACACGUCGCCACCAUCGCGUGGGCGCCGUUACCCUGACGGAGCCCCGCGAAAGGGGAAACGCCGAGGGGAGAGCGCGGUGUUGGGGGAGAGAGCUGGCCGAGGCUCCGGGGGUGGCACGGGGCAGAGCCCGGGAAUCUCGGGCUGGGGCUCUCUUGGAGGGGGGAGACUGCGGCUAGACCGCUUGGGCCUGCUGUCCCGCGUGGGCACCGGCUGUAUGUGGACUCUGGGGCUCCUACGGCAGGGUCUGGCGCAGGGGCCGGCGGAGCCUGGGCCCUGCGAAGGGCGCGGACUUCUGCCCUGGCGUCUGGCGGGCGGGAGCAGCUGCAGGGUCUCUCGCGGCGGAGGCCCCGCCGCCUGGAGGACGGUGUGGUGA